AUCAAACAUCAUUUGAUCGAAGUAAUCUAAAUCAAUUUUCGAUUACAUUUUGACAUCCGUGUUCAAAGCUCUUGCAUAACUGUAUUAAUAUACAUUAUUUGACACCUUGGUAGAGAAGAUAUUGUAAAAUAUUAAAACAUGCAAGGUCUGGGAUUACAAAGUUUGAAAAAAAAUCCGGCGUUGAUACCAUUAUAUGUGUGUGUGGGAGCUGGAGCACUUGGCGCUAUAUAUUACACUUUGCGUUUAGCUACACGAAAUCCUGAUGUAACAUGGAAUCGCUCAUCGAAUCCUGAGCCAUGGCAAGAAUAUAAAGAAAAACAAUACAAGUUUUAUUCCCCAAUAAGAGAUUACAGUAACAUUAAAUCUCCUGCUCCCAAAUUUGAGGAGUAACUUGUUUUUAUCAUUGAAAAACAAAUAUGUAUGGCUAAUAUGUGAUUUAACUUGUUAAAACGUUAAAUUAAAAAUAAAACCAACCAGUCUCAAAAUGACGGAAAGUUAA